AUGGGUGUAUACGAAGAGUCAAAAGAACGUUUGGUUGGUCUUCAGAAUAAAGUACAACGCGUGUAUGACGCCGGUGAAGCACUUACAAAAGACCAAUCGAAGACAGCGAGAUCAAAAUUCAAAAUAAUGUAUGCGUCGUUAGAAAGCAUAUCUAACGAUUUUGAAACGCAUCUUACAGUCGUUAUACGUCAGCAGUGUAAAGGCGGCGCAAGCGGACCAGACGGAAUAGACACAGAAAAAGAACGUGCUACAUUUGAAGAAAAAUAUAUUGGUUGUAAAAUCCUCGCAGAUGAGUAUUUACCAAAGUCAAUUGCCGAGGCUAGUUUGAACCAAACGUUUAUGGAGAAAAAAGUUCCUCAGAUCAAUAUUCCGGUAGAAAAAUUGCCAGUACCUCACUUCAAUGGCGACCAAAAAGAAUAUACGAGUUUCCGCAACCAGUUCGAUGUACUAGUACAUAAUAAUGAAGUUUUUAGACCUGUCAUUAAGUUUAGUUAUUUAAAGGCGUACUUAGAAGGUGAACCGUUAAAACUUAUAAACAAUCUAAUGCUCAGUGAUGAGAAUUACGAGCUCGCAUUGAAUAUUUUAGACAAGCGGUACUCAAAUAGGCGCACAAUAGCACACGACCACUUCGACCAGCUUUGGACAGCUCAAAAGGCCAUGCUAGGUGACUCAAAAUCAAUACGACAAUUAUUGAACACCAUCACCGAAUCAGUCGGAGCAUUAAAAACCCAGAAGUAUGCUGUUGACCAAUGGGACCCAAUAUUAUUAUACUUAUUUCAAAAAAAAUUGGAUGCCCCACUAAGAGGUCAAUGGGAACUAUUAGUCGAUACCAACGACGAUCCAACCGUCGAGGACUUCGUAACAUUUUUGACCAAGUUUUGUAAAGCGGCAGGUGCUGGCCAGUCCAGUGCAAGUGGACGUGAAAAAGCAUCAACUACAAAACCUGACAAAAUCACAACACUGCAUACUACACAAUCGAAGUUCAAAAAACCUAAACCCAUGCACGCUAAUGCAAAUGAACAAAAAAAAUCAUUCUCGUGUCAAGUGUGUAAGGCAACGCCGGGACAUUUAUUUAUUUAUUGUCCGGACUUCAAACAAAAAACACCAGCCGAAAGACAUCAGUUGAUAAAGGAUCUCAAUCGAUGUUACUUGUGUUUCAGUGAACACACGUCGGUAAACUGCAAGAGUACACGAGUGUGUGAGAGGUGUGGGGGACGACAUCAUUCUUGGCUACAUUUGGACAAUAAUGCAGUGGAGGACCAAUCAAAUACUUUAUUGUCCUCUGUGGGCAAUUUGCCAAUACGCUCACAAGUGCUUAUGUCUACCGUAGAAAUUCUCAUACAAGACGCCAAUGGGUGUUAUCAAAGAGCACGAGCAUUGUUAGAUUCUGCUAGUGAGAGUAGCUACAUGACCGAAAGUUGUCGACAUAGACUAGGUGUAUCGCGGCAGAAGUGUCAUUUAGCAGUUAGUGGCAUAUCUGGAGUGAAAGUACCCACGAUAAAAGCUCGAGCGCAAGUAGUUAUUCGCCCUGUACGGCACCAUGAACAGCAAAUGACAAUCGAAGCGUAUGUAGUAACACAAAUUACCGGGUGUACGCCGUCCAAACAUAUACGAGAUGCAAAUUGGGUGCAUCUAAAAGAUCUUGAACUAGCCGAUCCAAAUUUCAACGAACCAUUACCCGUAGACGUACUGCUAGGCGCCGAAGUUUUCCCCUACAUCAUACGAAGUGGGCGACGGGAAAAUUUACUAAGUGAGCCAGUUGGUAUCGAAACAGUGUUCGGUUGGGCUCUAAUGGGAAACACUGGUAACACUAAUCCUAAGAGAAGCACUACGUUAUUAACAUCUUUGGACAGUGUAGAUCUUGUGUUACGACGGUUCUGGGAAAUAGAGGAAGUACCAAAUGCGUCAAAGACGAGUCCAGCAGAAGAGGACUGUGAGCGUAUUUAUCAUUCUACGACUACACGAGAAUCAGACGGUCGAUACGUUGUACAUUUACCAUUCAAUUGCAAACCGCCGCAGCUUGGACAGUCACGACAAAUGGCCCUCAACCGGCUUUAUCGUUUAGAAUCCCGACUAGACAAGUCACCGCAGUUACGACAACAAUACAAUACUGCCAUGCAGGAUUAUCUCGAUAGCGGUCACAUGCAAAUAGUACCAGAAGCCACACCCGAACCGGAACAGGCUUAUUACACUCCACAUCAAGUAGUGAUUAAACCUGACAGUACUACUACAAAAGUGAGAGUUGUGUACGAUGCGUCAGCUACUACUUCGAACGGGAAGUCGUUGAAUGACAACCUUUAUCCUGGUAAAAAAUUACAACAAGACUUGCCGGGUAUAAUAAUCAGGUUCCGGGUACAUGAAGUUGUGGUUACAGCUGACAUUAAGCAAAUGUUCAGACAAAUCAUCGUUACUCCCGCACAUAGACAAUAUCAGCGGCUCCUUUACCGAUUUCAAAGUUCAGAACCUAUUCAAACUUUUGAAAUGACCACUGUGACCUUCGGCCAACGAUCUUCACCAUUCUUAGCAAUAAGAACGCUACUUCAAUUAGCCAACGACGAAGCAGGUGGCUACUCGGAUGUUCAACGAGUUCUGCGUAACGAUCUGUAUGUGGACGAUGUGGUCACUGGUGCCGACUGUGUAGAAAGUGCGCUUCAACUUCAACAAAAUCUCAUAAAAGUUCUAAAGAAUGGGCAGUUUGAACUUCGUAAAUGGUCCAGUAACUCGGCUAAGGUAUUAGACGCCUUACCCAAAGAACAUCGACAAAACCAAGACGUUGCGUUUAACGGAGGUGAAAUUGAGUUUACCAAAGUACUUGGUUUAAAGUGGGAGCCAAAUAGUGACGUAUUAACCUAUCAACACCAAACUAAUCCUAUACAGUUUAACAAACGUCAUAUUCUAUCGGAAAUCGCGCGUAUUUAUGACCCUAUUGGCCUGUUAGCACCCGUAACCACUCAUCUCAAGAAGCUUAUGAAAUAUUUAUGGUCACUGGGAGUUGGAUGGGAUGACCCAUUGCCCCAAGACGCGAUGGAUGCUUGGAAGUGUUAUCACAAUGAAUUACCACUAAUAGGACAAGUACGAGUGCGACGACAAGUUACUUGCACCGGAUCGACCUACGAACUACAUGGAUUUUGUGACAGCUCGGAGAUUGCCUACGCCGCUGCUGUGUACAUCUUAGCUCGAAGACCAGACGGGACCAUGUAUUGUCAGCUUCUAAUGGGCAAAUCAAAAGUAGCACCCGAAAAAAAGUUGUCCAUUCCCAGAUUGGAAUUAUGCGGAGCACUACUCCUCGCUCGAGUUAUCACUUAUGUGCGUACCAACCUAACUACAUUACAGUUAAGCCGCACCACUGCCUGGUCGGACUCAACAGUAGCUCUAGCAUGGAUAAAAACACCAACUUCGAAACUAAAAACAUUUGUAGCAAACCGUGUUGCCCAGAUACAGCAUAUGACGUCACCAGAUACAUGGAGACACGUGCCGACUGCACAUAAUCCGGCAGACUGUGCAUCGCGCGGUUUGACCCCAGGAGAAUUAGUCAACCAUACAAUGUGGUGGACGGGGCCAGACUAUCUGAAGAAACCAGAGGAGUUAUGGCCUAAAAUCGACAUAAUCACAUCAGAUGAGAACGAAAAAAAUGAACACGUUGAGACCAAAAUAGUUACACUGAUGACUACUAAAACCAUGACCGAAUGCCCACUCCUAUAUCAAUCGGACAAUUGGCCUAAAAUUCUGCGUUUAACCUCUUACUGGCUUCGAGUGCGUGAUUGUUUACGGAAGAAGGUCGUGCCAGAUAAAGCUGUUCCACCCACCACAGUGGAGACAACCAAUGCGAUGUGGGCUCUGGUUCACUGGACGCAAAGAGUUUUCUUCGCAGAAGAGAUAGAAAACCUGCGGAACCACCGUAAGUGUUCCAUAAAGUUACGGAAAUUGGCCCCCUUUUUGGACAAACAGAAUCUACUUCGAGUGGGAGGACGCCUGCGACAUUCAGAUUUGCCCUACAAUGAAAAAUACCCAGUGCUUUUGCCUAAAGAAGCUCGCUUGACGGCAGUUCUGAUUGACUACGUGCACCGUAGUAAUUGCCAUCCAGGUCCCAACGCAGUACAAAACAUUCUGCAACAGUCCUUUUGGAUAAUAUCGGUGCGAGGUGUUAUCCGAAAGAGAAUACAUCGUUGCAUACCUUGUUUCCGAGCUAGUCCUCGGUCCCCACAGCCAUUUAUGGGGAACCUUCCACGUGCGCGUUUGGACCACGUAAAGGCCUUUAACAAAACCGGCGUAGACUUUGCAGGUCCUUUCAAUGUAAAGGCCGCACUGUUACGAAAACUUCGCAUAACAAAAGCAUAUUUGUGCGUCUUUGUGUGCAUGUCAACCACCGCAGUGCAUUUGGAACUCGCAUCGGACCUUUCUACACCGACGUUCAUGGCAGCUCUAGAUCGGUUUCUUGCACGUCGAGGGCAAUGUUCGGACAUGCAUAGUGACUGUGGCACGAACUUUACUGGUACUCAACGGUAUCUGAGUGAAGUUCAUGACAUCAUCAGUUCACAGUCCUACACGCGUCAUGUAACUGAGAAGCAGAUAACAUGGCAUUUUAAUCCACCAUCAGCCCCUCACAUGGGUGGAAUGUGGGAAGCAGCUGAUAAGUCGGCGAAAACAUUGUUGAGAAGAGUCAUACAAGAUCAAAUACUGACAUACGAAGAGCUGAAUACCAUUUUGCAUCGAGUAGAAGCGUCUCUAAACUCACGACCCCUUGGUGCAUUAUCGUCAGACCCCAAUGAUUACACGCCGUUAACCGCUGGCCAUUUUAUAUCGAUGGGACCGCCGGCUAAGAUACCAGUACCAGACAACGAAGAUCGUCCGGUCUCCGUCAGCUUGCGACAACGAUGGACACUGGUUAAACAAAUCCAACAACACUUCUGGCAAAGAUGGCAGCGGGAGUAUUUAACAACGUUGCAACCACGCAAAAAAUGGCUGAAAAUAGCCAUAGACCUCAAGGUGGGUCAACUUGUUCUAAUCAAAGAACCAUCACCAGCCCUCACGUGGAAAACCGCUCGUAUCGUGAAAGUUUACCCAGGAACGGAUGCCAUAACCCGGGUCGCUGAUGUCAAGUUGGCCAACGGCACCGUUCUACGUCGUCCCGUGGUCAAGCUAUGCCCUUUGCCACUAUCCGAUUGA